GGUUGCCGUUCAUUUGAAUGUGGACAUCCAGGAUAUGUGAGUUCCGAUCCCGAGACCUCGAUCCAUUAUAUCAGCCAUCAACACCCGACCCACCCGCAGCUGUUCACUGUGGUCCGUCAGGCCUGUGUGAGGAGCCUGAGCUGUGAGGUUUGCCCAGGAAGGGAAGGUCCCAUCUUUUUUGGGGAUGAGCAGCACGGCUUUGUGUUCAGUCACACCUUCUUCAUCAAGGACAGUCUGGCCAGGGGGUUCCAGCGCUGGUACAGCAUCAUUGUGGUCAUGAUGGACAGGAUCUACCUCAUCAACUCCUGGCCUUUCCUCUUCACCAACAUCAGGAACCUCAUCCUCCAGCUGCAAACCAAGGCUCUCCAGGUGUAUGAGAGCGAGUGCUAUGGGUGCCCUCACGCCUCUCACAGGAUGAACGCCGUCUUCACACCGGGGACUUUCCUCCAUCAGAGAAACGGAAACGCAGCUCGUUCACUGGCAUCACUCACACAGGCCACAAGUCUGUGGGCAUCACUGCACGGCAGCUUCAGCUGGCUGUUGAAGGCGUGUGGAAGCCGUGUCACAGAGAAACUGUUGGAGGGAGCGCCCACUGAGGACACGUUAGUGCAGAUGGAAAAACUUGCAGAGCAGGAAGAGGAGGAGAGGCAGAGCUGGGGUGUGGGGGCGAGUGUACAUGGCUCCCUGAGUGUGAGUUCACAUCCCCCACAUGCACCUUGGGCAACAAGCACCAGCCCCCAACAGGGGUUCACCUCCCUGAGGCACAUGCGGCAGGUGCUGGGUGUGAGCCAGUUCCGAGUUCUGGCCUGGAAUGUGCUGAUGGGAAACCAAGUGAUCUGGAGAGGAGACAACAUGGCCAUCGUACACACUGGCAUCCGUGUGCUCUCAACUAUGCUACCCGUUGGGUGUGUGCGUAUAAUAGCAUACAGUGACUGCUAUGAAGAAACUUAUCGUUGUAAUUUUCUGGGUAUUAAAUCAACGGUAAAACUCCCAGCUCACAUCCUGUCCUCAGAGUUCUGUGUGUUAGUUGAUGCCAGGCCAUCAGACCGCUCUGGGCUGAUCUCAGUCAGUAAAUACCAAUUUACGGUGACCAGUGCCACAACAGUUAACACAGACAGAGGACCAACUAUAUUGACGAAGCUCGAGGCUGCUUUACAGAACGAGAGUCUGUCACUGGACGUCGUCAGUCAGUGUCUGAUCUGCCUGAAGGAGGAGUGGAUGAAAAAGGUUAAAGUUCUCUUCAAGUUCAGCAAGGUUGACAGGCGAGGGAAGGAGCACUCGCACACAUUACUGGCCGUGUUGGGAGCCACAGACGAGGACAACAUCAAACUGCUCAAGUUCUGGAUGACAGGACUGAGCAAAACCUACAAAUCCCACCUCAUGUCAACUGUCAGGGGGGCAGCCAUCAGCCCAACCCCCCAGCCCAGGAACUAAAGAGAUCAUAACCCUCUCUCUCCCUUCCUCUCUCCCUGUCUCCCCCAACCCCCCACUCACUCUCGCCCUCUCUCUCCCCUGUUCUCUCACCUCUCUCUCUCCCUCUUUUGCCCAUAUCUUUCCCCUUGUCCCCCCCUCUCUCUCACUCUCUCGCGCCCCAUCAUCACAUCCCCAGCAUUGAUUUACACUCCCAAAAGACAGAAAGACAGAGAGAAACUGAGAAAAUUUCCCAUAUCCCAC